AGUGUGGGACAUUUGUGGAUACACACUUCACCAGGAGACAAGAUAACUCACUGUUGUCUUCACUUCCACUUCAGUCUGAAGACGUUUUGAGGACAAAGAGGCUCGUUUUGUUUCUCAGUGCUGAUGUGAAGCUGCAAGAGGUCAAAGGGUAAGGACUGAUUCUCUCACGUUCACCUGGAGCAGGAGCCUUUAAACAGGUACAUAUGGGGCAGGUCUCAGCCAUGGAGGGCGACUGUCUCAGCUGCAUGAAGUACCUGAUGUUCAUCUUCAACUUUUUCAUCUUUCUGGGUGGCUUCCUCCUGCUGGGUGUCAGCAUCUGGGUGCUGGUUGACCCGCUGGGCUUUAGGGAGAUCAUGGCGGUGAACCCGCUGCUGUUCCCGGGCGUGUACGUCGUUCUGGCCAUGGGCAGCAUGCUGUUCCUGCUCGGCUUCCUGGGCUGCUGCGGCGCCAUCAGGGAGAACAAGUGUCUGCUGCUGUUUUUCUCCAUGCUCAUCCUCUUCAUCUUCCUGGCAGAGUUGGCAGCAGCCAUACUGGCCUUCCUCUUCAGGGAUCAUUUAAACAGAGACUAUUUCACCAGGGAGCUGAAACGUCACUAUCAAGGUCACAACAACUCGGACGUCUUCACAUCCAUGUGGAACAGCAUCAUGACCACGUUCGACUGCUGCGGCGUUAGCGGUCCCGAGGACUUCCAGGAGAGCCUUUUCAGGCUCCUCAGCCCCGGUCACAUGGUUCCCGAGGCCUGUUGCCAGAGGAACAGUUACCAUGGAGACGUCAGCGUGGAGCAGUGCAUGAGUGGAAGGGUGGCCUUCAGACACAGCAAGGGCUGUUACUCAGCAACCGUGAAUUAUUUUGAGAUGUACAUCUACUCAGCAGGAGCUCUGGCCAUCGCGGUGCUGACAAUUGAACUCUUUGCCAUGGUGUUUGCGAUGUGUCUAUUCCGAGGUAUCCAGUAACCACCGCGCGCACGUCCAUCGUCAGAGAGAAGGCACCGACAGGAGGGAGAAACACAGCUGUGAAAUGUGAAACGUGUUUGUACAGUGAUCGUUUGCGUGUGUCAUUGGUUUCGUGGAGUCGUUUUGUUCUUCACAACAGCAGCGAGGUGUUUGAGGUCCUGCUGCUUCAGGGCACAGUAGACACACACACACACAGGAAGUAAUCCGUGACCUGCGACCUGCGGAUUAGGUUUAAGUGCUGUCCACAGUGAGAGAAGGUCAAACUCCAGCGAUUCAAGGGUUUCCAAUGCAGUAAAGUGGACCACAGCUGAUUUAUAUCUUUGAUUUGAUGAUUGGUCAUUCUUUAGGGUGUAUACUGUACCGUGAACAGAGAGUCACAGCUACACCAACACUGGCAUUGAUUUCAGGUCCAGUGUGUAACAUUUUGGACGCUUUAUUGGCAAACAUUUUAAUAUAUACAAAUGUUUGUUUUUUUGUAGCUUUAGAAAAAGUCUCUCUAACUUAGCACCCGCUCUUUAUUGGUCAGUAUUGAAGUAUUUGUAAGUGGAGAAAUGGUUCUGCAAUUUAUGCUUUAUUCUAAAUGAGCUAUUUGCAUUUUUUAGUUCCUACCAAAGGAAGGCCAUGCUGAAAAAGUUUGGG